UUUGAUUUACUUUCUUUACUCUUUCCUUCUUUUUUGGUCUGUUUUGCUGUAGCAUCCACGUAGUGCUGCGAACCACGACGGGAGACUGGCGAACAUUUGGAAACGCGUGCAGCAGCAGAAGAGAGAGAGAUGCUGUCAAGCAAUGAAAGAUUUAUUGUGGAAAGCACAAGCUUGUCGUUUAUCCAACCGAGUCAAUACCCAACAGCCAGGCCACGAAUAAGCAAUGAAGCCAGAACAAAUCUGGGAUCAAUCAGAUCAUGUGAACCACUUAGUAUGAAAUGGAUUUGCCAGGAGAAUAGUCCAGCGGGACAACACCACGAGGUGCGUGCUAUCGGUAGGAGAAUCGUCUUUUUGGAUCGAGCUAAAGCUUACUACUUAAUUCCAGCUUUCGAGUGUAAAGCUCUCAUUCGUCGUCUUCUUGUGAUCAAACUAAACCAAGGCAGGCCCAGAUGAUCGAUGGUUGCUUGGUUAGCAAGGCAAUCGAGUCAAGCAACCAGAUCUUGGUGGAAAGUUUUUAUCUUGACUUCGAAUGCGUUUCUGGUGCUGCUGUCACUUUAGAGAAUUAACGCAUCCAGACAAUGGAAAUGGGGUAAGCAAUCUUGGAAAUUGGAAUUGGUCCAAGACGAUUGAUCGAUUACCAAAAAAAAGUUUUAAAGAAGCUUGGCAGAGGAAGGAGAUAUUUGACAAGUCUAGCUAGCAUCGCAGUAGCAAGCCAAGUAAUAUGAGCACAUGGCAUGCUCUGUCACACUAACAGUGACAAACUGAGGUACGCCUUGUUUUGUUUUGCUUUCUCCGCCUUCUAAACGAAGAACCCCUCUUUGUACAUGAGUUCCUUCAAACUCGCGGGUGAUCGAAGAACUUUUUGAGAUUUCCAAGUUCCAAGGAGGAGGGAGAUGAAAGUCCAGUGCGAUGGAUGCGAGUCGGCCGAAGCAGUCGUGGUUUGCUGCGCUGACGAGGCCGCCCUCUGCCGGGAAUGUGACAUCCAAGUCCACGAUGCAAACAAGCUCGCCGGGAAGCACCACAGAGUACCUCUCUUCAGGCCUCCCACCAGGACGAGCUGUGAUAUCUGCCAGGACAAGACGGCAUACUUCUUCUGCCUCGAGGACAGAGCACUGCUUUGCCACAACUGCGACAUGUCCAUCCACAAGUUGACUGCCUCCACCUCAAAUCACCGACGCUUUCUCGUCACGGGCGUUGCUGCUUCGCUCCACACUCUCUCGGGACAGGCACCAGCGACAUCUCCAGGAACACCACCGCCAAAAUCAUCUCAUGCUGUGCCCAACAGUAACAGCCACUCGAGGGCCUCCAAGAGCACAAAAAGGCGAGAGCACAGGGAUCACGCCGCUGCUUCGGACGCUCGACGCCACUGCCAAUCUUCUCCCCAGACCUCCACUUCCACCUCGACUACUUCCACCGCCACCGUCAUCACUGGCAGCAACACGGACAAUUCCAAGAGCUGCCAAGUUCCUGGAGUUCGCAAGCCCGCCGCUGUUGUUACUACACUUCCAGUGGCACCACCCCCGCCGCCGCCGCCGCCGCCGCCGCCAGGAGAUGGAUCCAGGAAGACUAGCAUUUUCGAGUUCCUCACGGAGGCAGUUCCUGGCUGGAAAUGCGACGAGCUCCUAAACUUGCCCGACUCGUCGUCACUAGCUUCGAGCUACACUUUCGAUCCCAAGAUCGACGCGAAUUUCGCCUGGCCCUCCGCUAACGUUUCCAGGGAUCAGAUCUACUUUCGGUCAGUUCCUCAGAUGGAUAAGCUGCCCGCCGGUUUCAAUGCUACUAAAGUCGUAGGAGACCCAGCUGCGUUGAAGCUCAAGACGAAGCCGGGUAUUUUCUUACUCCCAGAGCCGGACGACGCCUUCCUUGUACCCGAUCUCGGGCUUCACUCGGCACCCGAGUUACCGCCUGCUGUGAAAAGGAGGAGAACGUACUCCGAGCUGGACAACAUCUUCCUCUCGAGAUAACACAGGAACUCUUCCGUGCAAUCUGGAAGAUGUGCAUUUGCGCCUAUAUAGCGGCGAUGGUGAUCAAAGUUUAGUGGUCAGCGACAUGGGCCCCCUUUCUCGAUGAUGCGAAGAAAUGUGUACACGUGAAAGGCCAGUAAGUAGUGGAGCUGUCGCUUCGCCCCGCGUGUAAGAUAUGAGAGCUUGAAUGAAAGACUAAACGUCGCAACUUCCAGUGCUCAUCGAUCGGUCCCAUGAUGGUGCUCAUGGAUCGAUCCCAUGAUGGUGAUCAUCAGCCCUGUUGAUUUAGAGACCAAGGCUUCGUGUAAUAAAAUUUGCAUAGUAAAUUAUUGAA